AUGGAAAUGAAUCAAGACUCUAUUCAGUAUAUUAAUCUAGAUUCCAAUCGCCAAACUCGAACUGUGUUUCUGGAUGUGAAGCCAAUCUACCAAGAGGAAAAGCGCACAUACGUUGAUGCAUUUAAUAAUCGGAUCGGAUUUCCGCCAAUUUCCGCGAAGUUAGCGUUUGGCUUGGAAAAUGAAUCAAACAGAAAAUCGGAAAUAAUUUACAAUACAACGAAGCCAAUUUACAACGUUCUUCGGAUGCUGGGUGUAUUUCCCUUCUCGAGACCUUCACCCGGGGUGACAAAGUUUGCCUGUGCUAGUCCAGUGAUGGCAUAUUGCAGUAUAUUUUUUAUGACACUUCUGGCUUACGUCAUUUAUAUAACAAUUUUGCGGAUCCAGAUUGUCCGGACGCUAGAAGGUCGCUUCGAAGAAGCCGUCAUUGCCUACCUUUUCAUCAUUAACAUCCUGCCGGUUAUGAUUAUUCCAUUAAUGUGGUACGAAACUCGGAAGGUUUCCAGCUUGCUUAACCAAUGGGAAGAUUUUGAAGCAAUUUAUCGCAGGACUGCGGGUAGAGAACUAGAGUUGUCCUUCAAGUCCAAAGCCCUUUUGAUCGCUAUACUUUUACCCACUGUAUCCUGUUUGGCUGUAAUAAUAACCCACGUGACCAUGGUGGAGUUCCAGCUUCUUCAAGUUAUCCCUUACUGCAUCUUGGACACUUUAACCUACAUGAUGGGAGGCUACUGGUACAUGGCUUGCGAAACACUCAGCAUAACUGCCAACAUUUUGGCGGAAGAUUUCCAAAGGGCGUUAAGACACGUUGGACCUGCAGCAAUGGUCUCGGAGUAUCGUUCGUUAUGGCUUCGUCUGAGCAAACUGGCACGAGGAACGGGAUCUUCAACGUGCUACACGUUCACUUUCCUGUGUGUCUAUUUAUUCUUCAUAAUCACUCUCUCGAUCUACGGCCUAAUGUCGCAAAUCUCGGAAGGAUUCGGUAUCAAGGACAUCGGUUUGGCAGUAACGGCGUUCUGCAGCGUAGCGUUGCUGUUUUUCAUCUGCGACGAAGCUCACCACGCGUCCUUCAACGUUCGAACCAAUUUCCAGAAGAAGCUACUGAUGGCCGAACUCAGUUGGAUGAAUUCCGAUGCGCAAACCGAAAUCAAUAUGUUUCUGAGGGCAACCGAGAUGAAUCCGUCCAAUAUCAAUUUGGGUGGAUUUUUCGAUGUCAAUCGCACACUGUUCAAAUCGCUUCUAGCAACCAUGGUAACCUAUUUAGUGGUUCUGCUGCAGUUUCAAAUCAGUAUUCCGGAUGACUCAAGUUUGCUAGUGAUGCAUAAUAUGACGAGUUCAUUACGAGAUUAGAAAUAUGUCUUAUCAUUCAAAACAAAGUAUGUAAGUUAAGUAUUACAUUGUUUUAUAAAAAAAUUAUCAUCAAAUUUUCAGUUCUAAUUUAUCGCAAAUGGUAUACAAUAUUCCUUAAAUUAGUGUCUAAAAUAAAA